UUGUUCUCUAAGUGUUGCUCACAGGUAGUCUAUAAGAGCGACUCCACCUUGCUUCUGCGGCUUACCUGUUGAUAGUUAGUGUGCAAGACAUUGGGAGAGCCUAUGCCUCAUUUAUGUACUUGAGCGUUCAGAAAUAGGAUCUAAUACCGACUUUAUCCGAGGAGGAAAAUUCUAACGAAUAAUUUUACAGUGAGAGAUGGAUUCGCAGACGAAGACUGAGCCGAUGCGCGUGCUCGUCACGGGCGGAUCUGGAUUGGUCGGGAAGGCCAUCGAGCACGUGGUGAAACAGGAAGGCGGCUGUCUCGAGGGCGAGCAGUGGACCUUCCUGUCCUCCAAAGAGGCCAACCUCGUUUGUUCUGCCAGAGAUCUACAACAGACAAGAGCAGUGUUUGAGAAGUAUCGGCCCACCCAUGUCAUCCACCUGGCUGCCAAGGUGGGAGGACUCUAUCUUCACAUGAAGGAGAACCUACACUUUCUGAGGGACAACCUUCGCAUCAAUGACAACGUGCUGCAGACGUCUCACGAAAGGGGCGUCACCAAGGUGGUGUCCUGUCUGUCCAGCUGCAUCUUUCCUGACAAGACCACAUACCCUAUUGAUGAGAGCAUGAUCCACAAUGGGCCCCCACAUGACUCAAACUUUGGCUACUCACAUGCCAAAAGAAUGAUUGAUAUUCAGAACAGGGGAUACUUUGCGCAGCAUGGGCGUCGCUACACCGCCGUAAUCCCGACUAACGUGUAUGGUCCCUAUGACAACUUCAACUUUGAAAAUGGUCACGUGCUCUCAGCGCUCAUGCAUAAGACAUACGCUGCUAAAAAGGAGGGAACCCCACUACAGGUGUGGGGCUCCGGAACACCCAGGAGACAAUUCAUCUACUCUCUGGAUGUUGCACGUCUGUUCCUCUGGGUGCUGCGGGAGUAUGAUGAGAUUGACCCCAUCAUUCUCUCUGUGGGGGAGGAGGAGGAGCUCCCCAUCAAGGACGCCGUAGAGAUGAUUGCAGAUGCCCUGGACUUCAAAGGUCAAAUAGUUUUCGACACCAGCAAGUCAGACGGUCAGAUGAAGAAGACGGCCAGCAACGCCAAGCUGCGACGCUACCUCCCUGACUUCACCUUCACGCCGCUCUCUGAAGGUAUCAAGAAGACCUGUGAUUGGUUCGUGAACAAUUACGACAUAGCCCGAACAUGAAGACCAAUGAAGGUCGAGACAUGAAUAUUGUUUAAUGAAAAAGAUCAGGGCUACAUCUCAAUACUAUUACUGUGCCUUCCAAGUCUUGUGUCCUUGUCUUCAUGCCAACUGAUUAGUGAAAGUUCUGGAUAGGUUUCACCAUGUGGCCGGUUAAGUUCUGUCAGAUCAGUGGGCAUGAGGUAAAGGCACACAGGACUCACAAUACCCCACCUUGUUGUUCUCCCCAGAACUGUCUGGCAACCAUUUUGGAUCCUUUCUCCUCUAUUUGCACCGUUGAUGUCAGGGAUUGACAUUAAGGUUUGAAAGGCUCUUGCCCAUUGGACAGCAGUUUGUUUGUUGGUUGCCUGGUGAUUACUGUCACUUGACAGAACAUUUUAAAGUAAUUGUUUACAAGCAAAAUGGUCACAGGGAUACUUUGAGAUUUUGGCAAUGAGGCCCAUUAUCUACUUCCUCAGAGGCUGUUGAACUCCUGGAUACCAUUUGUAUGUCUCUUUGUCCAGUAUGAAGGAACUUAGAGGUCAUUUUGUGAGCCAAUGCUAACUAGUGUUAGCACAAUGACUGGAAGUCUAUGGGUAUCUGCUAGCAUGCUAUGAAGUAGAAAAAUCAGUUUGAAUGCGUAACUUUUGCAGCGCAAUGAGACCCUUCUACAACCUGGUUGUAAGCAUACCGGCUCUGGAAGACUCAGAUUUAGACACACAGCUCACAAUCGAGAGCCAUAGGAUAUAGUAUUGUCUGGUGCUCUGCUCACCCUGACCAAUAGUUAUACUUCCUGUGUAGCAGGACCAAAAAAAUGUAAGUGUAGCCCCUAUGUUAGGCUACUGAAAUUCAGUUUUGAAAAAUCCCCUGCCAAAUGGGGCAACCACAGAACAGGUUCAACUUGUCUGGAUGCCAUAAAUUGUCCGUCUUUCACUUAAACAAUGGGGAGGAAGCAGAAAAAUCCCCUGGGGAAACCUCAGAGCAGGUUCAACUUGCCCGACUGCUCAGUUCAUUUGCUCCAAGCAAUAGGGCAACCCUUAAUCAUGUCCUCCAUUACAUGUCCUUCCCUGAUGGUGUCUGAACUGGUCCAGCCACCUGAUCCCCUACAGUAUGACUACCAGUUACUAUCAGCAAUACUGCAGGGUCAUGUGUUUACACUCAAAUACAUCACAUUAUUUUAAUAUCUAACAUAUAUAGUUGAAGUGUAUGAUCUAUUUGUGAUUGAAUAUUGACAAAAAUAUGAAUGGGCUUUUUCUUGAUGUAAGAAUGAGGUGUCAGUCGUUGAGAGUGAAGCUGAAUGACAUGUUUUCUCACUACAAAACAACAAGUAUAAGCCUACAGUAACGUAGCCUGGAUCUAAACAUUGGAGCCAACUGUUUCUCAUCAUUCACUGGCCUCGGUCCACACUGCAGAUCAUAAUGCUGGUUUGUGUUAAAGGAUUGUGAUUUAUCUGGGAUGAACAUAUCAGCAACUAAUAUAAAGUCAACUUCCU